UUGGAAACUUGGGGAAAUGUUUUGACGCUGGCCAAAAAAACUACGUUUAUUUGUGCGAACAAAUAUACUGAGUAUGACGGCGGUGUGUUUUAAAGAAUGAGGUGAUGGAAGCAACACCCUUUCGUUAUCCUCGUGUGUAAAUACAUUUCAACAAUGUCUGCUUACCUUAGGGCUUGUCAAACAGAUUAACACUAAAGCCCCACAAUGUCCUUGAAACCACGAGUAGUUGACUUUGAUGAAACAUGGAACAAACUUCUAACAACAAUUAAAGCUGUUGUUAUGUUGGAUUAUGUUGAAAGAGCAACGUGGAAUGAUCGCUUCUCAGACAUUUAUGCUUUGUGUGUGGCCUAUCCUGAACCUCUUGGAGAGAGACUUUAUACUGAGACUAAAAUUUUUUUGGAAAAUCAUGUACGCCAUUUGCACAAGAGAGUUCUGGAAGCUGAAGAACAAGUACUGGUUAUGUAUCACAGAUACUGGGAGGAGUAUAGCAAAGGGGCAGACUAUAUGGACUGUUUAUACAGGUACCUCAACACACAGUUUAUUAAGAAGAACAAAUUGACUGAAGCUGAUCUUCAGUAUGGUUACGGAGGGGUGGAUAUGAAUGAACCAUUGAUGGAAAUAGGAGAGCUAGCUCUUGAUAUGUGGAGAAAAUUAAUGAUUGAGCCACUGCAGGCCAUCCUUAUUCGGAUGCUCCUCCGAGAAAUAAAAAACCCAAGCACUCCUCCUACAAGGCAAGCUGAAUAUCAACUUACGCAUUUUUGUUUCAACACAACAGGAAGCCGACAAGAUCUCGAAUUUGAUCGCUGUGGAGAAGACCCAAACCAGAAAGUAAUCCAUGGGGUUAUUAACUCCUUUGUUCAUGUUGAACAGUAUAAGAAAAAAUUCCCCCUAAAGUUUUAUCAGGAAAUUUUUGAGUGUCCUUUUCUGAAUGAAACAGGGGAGUAUUAUAAACAAGAAGCUUCAAAUUUAUUGCAAGAGUCAAAUUGCUCACAAUACAUGGAGAAGGUUUUAGGUAGAUUAAAAGAUGAAGAAAUGCGGUGUCGGAAAUACUUGCAUCCCAGCUCAUAUGGCAAAGUGAUACAUGAAUGCCAACAGAGAAUGGUAGCUGAUCACUUGCAGUUUCUACAUGCAGAAUGUCACAACAUUAUCAGACAAGAGAAAAGAAGCGACAUGGCAAAUAUGUAUACUCUACUUCGUGCUGUGUCAAGUGGUUUACCUCAUAUGAUUCAGGAACUACAAAACCAUAUCCAUGAUGAGGGCCUUAGAGCAACCAGCAAUCUUUCUCAGGAAAAUAUGCCAACUCAGUUUGUGGAGUCAGUUUUGGAAGUACAUAGUAAAUUUGUUCAACUCAUCAACACUGUUUUGAACGGUGAUCAACACUUUAUGAGUGCCCUUGACAAGGCUUUGACAUCAGUAGUUAACUAUAGGGAGCCCAAGUCGAUCUGCAAAGCACCUGAGUUGCUGGCCAAGUACUGUGACAACUUGUUGAAGAAAUCAGCAAAAGGAAUGACAGAAAAUGAAGUAGAAGACAAACUUACAAGUUUCAUUACUGUUUUCAAAUACAUUGAUGACAAAGAUGUAUUCCAAAAGUUCUAUGCCAGAAUGUUGGCAAAAAGAUUAAUUCAUGGUUUGUCUAUGUCCAUGGAUUCUGAAGAAGCCAUGAUUAAUAAACUAAAGCAAGCCUGUGGUUAUGAAUUUACCAGCAAGCUCCAUCGAAUGUAUACAGACAUGAGUGUUAGUGCUGAUCUCAACAAUAAAUUCAACAACUUUAUCAAAAACCAGGACACGAUUAUAGAUUUGGGAAUUAGUUUUCAGAUAUAUGUUCUACAGGCUGGUGCAUGGCCUCUAACUCAGGCUCCUUCUUCUACAUUUGCAAUUCCUCAGGAACUGGAAAAAAGUGUACAGAUGUUUGAAUUAUUUUACAGUCAGCAUUUUAGUGGAAGGAAGCUUACUUGGUUACAUUAUCUCUGUACAGGUGAAGUAAAAAUGAAUUAUUUGUGCAAACCUUACGUAGCCAUGGUGACAACAUACCAAAUGGCAGUGUUGCUUGCUUUCAACAACAGUGAAACCGUCAGUUACAAGGAGCUUCAGGAUAGUACACAAAUGAAUGAGAAGGAACUGACAAAAACCAUCAAAUCCUUACUUGAUGUCAAAAUGAUCAACCAUGACUCAGACAAGGAAGAUGUAGAGGCAGAGUCUACAUUUUCAUUAAAUAUGAACUUCAGCAGUAAACGAACAAAAUUUAAAAUUACUACAUCAAUGCAGAAAGACACGCCACAGGAGAUGGAGCAGACCAGAAGUGCUGUAGAUGAAGACAGAAAAAUGUAUCUUCAAGCUGCUAUAGUCCGUAUCAUGAAAGCACGUAAAGUGUUGCGACAUAAUGCUCUUAUUCAGGAGGUAAUUAGCCAAUCAAGAGCUAGGUUUAACCCAAGUAUCAGCAUGAUUAAGAAGUGUAUUGAAGUUCUGAUAGACAAACAGUACAUAGAGCGAAGCCAGGCCUCUGCAGACGAGUACAGCUAUGUAGCAUGAUGUUGCUGCCCUGCAGGUAUGGUCGUAAGGAGAUCAUUGCUGUCACUGUUUGGUGUGUUCCUGUGGGAAGAGGCAGGCCUGUGCCUCCAUAAUUGGUCACUUGGCAGCCCCUGUUUUUCUGCUGUUUACAACAUCACCAGUGCCAUGUCAUGAGCGUCAAUGAAAAUGCCUAUAGAUAUUUCAAGCUCAUGUCAUUAUGACAUUUCUUAAAACUUUACUAAAAGAAUGAGUGAAGUAUUGCUGAAAUGUGGAAAAUUGGUUGGGUACCAUGCUUUUUUUUUUUUUUUUUCCUCCCCUUUCACGUUUGCAGUUGAUGUUUUUUAAUGUAUCUUAAGACAAAGUAAAAAAAUAAAAAAACCUAAAUAUUGUAAUAUGACAGAUAACCUAAUAAUUGUAUCUACAUUAAAAUGUAAAAAAAAAUGACGAACAUGAUACUGCUGCUUGUCAAAUAAAAAAAUAAAGUUAUAUAAUGUGUCUCGAAUGAUUGUAGAAAUGGAUAUAGCAUUAAUGUCUGUAAAUAUUAUUCAGACCUAGAAGACUAAAAAUAAUGUUUUGUGUUUGGGUUUUGGAUAGCCUCAGAAGUAAAUCUGAUGUUAGGACAAAUUUAUAUGAAACUGAAUACCGGGUAUGUUAUGUUUGAUGUGACUAUAAAAAAAAUAUUUAUGGUUAAGUGCACAUCUUGUUUUCUUGAGAUUAGGCUAAUUUACAUUCUUAGUGCCUGAAGGCCUACUCUGUGUCUGCUAAUCUCACACUGUAGGAAUAUGUUACAAGAGAAAAUAAAUAGACAUUUGAGGGGAUUCAAGUAGUGUAGUUCACAAAGAGUUAGAAAUGAAUAUAAUGAACGUCAAAGAUACAGUUCAGUGGCUUGUGAAACCACCCUAUUAAUGGGAAAGAAUGUAGCAGACUAGUAAUUGAAAAAUGUUGUUUCACUAAUGCAUUGGGUAGAAACUCUACAUGGAUAGGUACCUAUGUUUGUUUCCACAUACGCCCAUACUGUUUUUUUCCUGUUUUCCCUCCUAACUCAUAUGGUUGUAUUUAUCGUAUUUUGUUUUCUUCUGCCCCAAUUAGAUUUCUAGCUGUUUGGGUGGGACAAGAAAUCCAUGGGCUAUUACAUGUCCUGCGUUGUUUAUCAGGGAUGGCAUGGUGACUGUUCACUCUCACAUAAGCAAAGUAUAAUUUUAAAAGGUACUAAUUCUACCGCUGGAAAUAGUUGGAGUUUAGGAGCAUUAAGGGUGUGAACACUGAAUACCUGCUGCAGAAAAGAGUUUCCUUAUGGCCACGCCUGCUAUUAUCAUUGACAGGAUAAAUAUUAAGUUAACUUUAAAUGUUCUAUUUUUGCCAAAUUUUAUUUGUGUGCAUAUAAAAUAUAUAUAUGUAGAUAUAUAUUCUUUGCAAUAUUUUUUUAGAUUGUGUGAUAUUUCAUCACCUACUAAAAGUCCACAGAUCAAGAAUUAAUUUUAAAGGAAAAAAAAAAAGCCUUUAAGGGGAACUUUUUCCUUCUUUUUUGUUUUUCUAGUUCUUCACUGUAUGAAAGGUUUCUCUCCGACUCUCAGAUUGUUACUGUCUCUUAUUUCUUAAGUGGCAUCACAUUCAUAUGUCAUCUGGAGGGUAUAGUAAACUUUCUAUAGUUAACUAGGAAAUGCAUCAAGGAGUGGUAAUAAGUUUUCCUUAUGUGGAUUUUGCUGAGAGUGAAUAAAGGGCAAUAAACAAUGAAGGGCACUAAGCACUUCUUCCAUAUUUAUGGUGUUUUGUCCCACUACACUAAGAUCUAGAUUUUUUUAAAAAUGGAUUUAUGUCUUCAAGAAGUGGAUUUUUUUAACUGAUCGUAAUAUGGUGCCAUAAGUUCUUGUCUAAACUGGUAGUUUGGAGUUGUAUAUGCAUGUUAGGAGACAGCACAGGUGCUUAUAGUGUCACUAAGUGUAGUAAACAGGAGACACAUUAGCAUAGAUUUUGACUGGAGUGACUUUUAAUCUAUUUCAGUGUGAAACGUUUCUGUGCUUUAUAAAAAGUAAUUCAUUACUUCUUAUGACAAAAAAAAUAGAAUAGAGGAAUAUUUUAUGACACAACAGAAAAAAUAUUGCCUGAACAUUGAAUCAUCAGAUCCUUUCUCCAGAAAACAAACUAACAGUGACACCAAAGCUUCUGGAAACAAAUGUGUUUUAUCUUGUAACUUGUGUAUGAGUCAAAAGAUUUUAAGCUUGUUUCUUCAUAAAAGGGUUAAUAAAAGCUUUAUUUAAAUAUAGAUUGCAGUAGCAAAAUUUUAAGACUGAGUUUGAAAAAGCCUUAACAAAUUUAUUUUCAGAAUUACUUCAUAGAUGAAACAAAAACUUUACUGCUCUAGCCCAAACGUGUAAGGUUUUAGCAUUACCUUAUCUCUGAAUUUUUGCAUACCUAAAACAUCAAAAGUAGUAUUUUGUUUUCUAGAUAAGCACGCUGCUGAGUUGAGACAUGUUUAGUGAGUUAAAAACAUUCAUAUAUUUCAGCACGGUUGGCACCCCCAGACAAUGUCUUUCAUAAUUAUACACAAACUCAGUCUUUUCAGUGCCUCUUGGGAAACAUGGCUGUAGCUGGGAAACAUUUUGAAUUCUACUUUGUAACUCACACCUUCCCCCUAAGGAAAAAAGUGGUGCAAAGAUUCAUCCCUGUGUAGCUGGGUUAGGUCACUGAAGUCAUCGCUGGCACACAGUGGUGCAGCGUAUAGUGUAGUGCUACAGCCUGGCAGCUCAAUACAUCUGGCAAGUGUCAUUUCACAAUACAAAGUGCUGUGUUAACAGGAGGGGCAAAUCAUGAAAAGAGAAGAUGUCCAAAAAUGCCUUGUUCUUUUAAUUGUUCACUAAAAGGAACUGGUAUAAUUGUACAGAUUUUUGUAUUUAUUAUAACCCUGUUAACAUGUAUGACCUGCUAGUUUAUUGGGAGCCGAACAGCUGAGUCUGGAAACCUAAUGAUUUCAUACAUCUCAUGCAUUUCUAAUACCAAAAUGCAUUUUACCUCUAGUACUGAGUGUUAUAGAUAAUUCCUAUGCCAAUUGAAAAUGUUAUUUCUAUGAUGUUUUAAUUUGUCUUCAGAUUGAUUAUCGUACUCUACGAAAGAAAAACGUGUACCUCUAUUUCAGUGUGUUCAUACAUACAGGGCUGCUGGAGCUAUGAAAGGUACUUAAAUCACCACAACAUGAGAAAACAGUUUUCAAAACAGGGAGUAUCGUUACUUUUUAAGAAAUUUUUCAGUAAGUACAUCACUUUUCCAAAUAAGGAGCAGAGUACAGAAAUUGGUCAAAGGAUAAAUACAUUUUGUAAGCUGAUAUCUUUCAUCUGUUUAGAAAGCCAUUUCUUAUCCUUAAAAAAUUUUAGUUUUUUAAGGAUAAUUUUAAAAGCAAAUCUUACAACAUAGUAUUGAUUCUUGAGCAGAAUAAAUUAUUUGUACUCUAGAGCAAAUAUGUUAGAACUGUCUAUGCUUUACAAAUACGCUAAGUACGUAGAGUUAAUUAAUCUAAGGUAUUACAAUCUAUGAAAAUACAUUCUCCAGAAACAGUUGUUCUUGCACUGAGUGUUUUCUCAUGUUACAAAUCUGAAGUUAUCCUUACUUGCUUAUGGUAAAUUGUGCUGCGCUUCCUAGCUGAUAACAACAGAGUUUUUGCAAGUUUCCAGGCAAAAGAAGAGGAAAGGCCAAAACAUUGUUUGGGUAUAAUAAUUUUAAAACAAUGCAAGACUCUGCUAAAUGCAAGUGUGUGUGUGUGGAUUUAAAGAGGGAAGGUGAGCAAAUAUGAUAGUAUCUGGACAUGUUAGCUUGGAUGUGCGUUUCAUGUUGUCUCUCGGUUCUGUGGAAUUUGCAAUUGCAUCAAUAAGGAAAGAAAAUUAAAACCAGCAAAAGGAAUGAGGAAGAUGAGGGGGCUGGUCAGUUGGCCUCCAUUUUAGAAGUGUUGGAGUUGUAUUUUUGCAUUCGUUAUCUUUGAAUGGUUUAAACAUGCAUAUGUUAAUGACAGGAUUACUAUUGAGUUCAGUAAUGAUGAUUACCUGUCGUGUGUUUGAGGAAGAAGUGUGCUGGAGUAUUCAGAGCAGCAGUGCAUUUGUCAUAGCCACGUGUUGGUGCUGCUCCCAUCAGCUGUCCCAGGAAGCAGCAGGAAGACUUGAAAGCUCCCUUAAUCUCCCCAGUGAGUCCAGUCCUGCACGUGUAGCUGAGAAGUCAAGGACUCUCCUAUGCCCGAGAAGUAUUAUGAAGCAAGUCAAAAGGUAUUGUUAGUAGCUUCUAAAACAGUUCUAGUAGUUUAGGGAAUUACUUCCUCUAUUAAUUUCUACACCCUCUCUGGGACCCUUGUGACUGAAAGCUAUCAACGUGAUUUAAGCAGAACUGAAAAGCCCUCUUGGUUGGUUGCUUUGACUGGAGCCCUGAACAGCUUGCAUUAACACUGUCAUAAGUUCCUCCUGCUCAGCUGGGGAAGGUAAUGGGUGUGUGCAUUACUAGUCUAUUACAAUAUCAAGUAAAAACUUCGUACUUGAGACACUGAUGGAGCUUGCUGUAUAUGAACUCUUUCUAAAGCUUCUGGACUAGCCAGAAAUCUCCUCUGGUCUUUUAUACUGAGGAGGGCUGUACUAACUUUAUGUGUCCUUCCAUCCGCUCUUCCACUGAGAUAAAUAAAAUCAUACGGUGGUGUUUCUAUAAAUACUGCUCUCCUAAUCUUCCCUGAUGUGGUGUUACAUACCAGGAACAGAAAAUCAUGUAUUUUGGGACUACAGAAAGUAAAAUAGGAUGGAUGAAACACUUCCCAAUGUCUGUACAGCCGAGUCAGUCUGACUCUUAUCCAGCCCAGUGUUUGGUAUAUU